CUUUAUUAAUUCUCGUGAGAUUUAAUACACGUGGCAACAAGGACAUUGGAUGCCCUCUUAUUUCUUUGGGCACCGAAGAAAUCCCCUUAAUUAAAUUCAAUGUAUCAUUGACUGGCUGACCUUUUGGUUGCUAGUGUGCUAACCUUAUCUUCUUCGUGAGGCCUCAACCCAAAACUUCUCCAGCAAAAGAAGAAGAAAGAAGAAGAAGAAUCCAACAAUGGCAGGAACCCUGAUGAUCUGCGGAUGUCUACCUCAACCGUACCUUCUCCCUCUCAAUCGCCUGUCUCACAAGUCGCAAUGGCUCUCUCUUCGCCGGUCGACACAGUCCCUGAAUCGCCGCCUCACCAGAACCCUUUGCUUUUCCACUUCCGGCAGCCAACCCGACAGUAAGGGGAGUGGACCAAAGUGGCCAAUCUUAAGACGGUGGGAUGUGCCCUGGAAUUGGCAAACUGUUUCACUCUCUUCAUUUGCCUGUGGACUAAGUUAUGUUCUGACAGGGCUAAUAGAGACAGCUGCUUUACCAUAUUCAGGAAUUCAAAUCCAAGAUUUAAGCUUGGACGAGAAGUCAGAAAUCUUGUUUCUUGAUCAAGCAAUCACAACCGCUGUCGUGCUUGGGGUUCUCUAUACUCUAACCAAGUCAUCUAAGCCCCUACCUGAUGAAAUAUAUCGAUAUGAUUGGAGGGAGCCUUUCAAUCUUCAAAGAGGAUGGCUGUUGUGGGCAGCGAUUGGUUUUGUUGGAGCACUGGCUGGCAUUGGACUAACAGGGGUGGCAAUGUCUCUUUUCAAUAGUGAGCCGCCACAGAGACAGACCGAUGCUCUAGUUCGUUUGCUUCCAUUGAUUGGCUCUUCAAACAUCAGCACGGCAAGUCUUUUCGGCAUCACUGGUGUCCUUGCACCAGUUCUUGAGGAGACUUUGUUUAGAGGAUUUCUUAUGGUCUCCCUCACGAAGUGGCUACCCACACCGGUGUCCGUUGUUCCAAGUGCUGCUGCAUUUUCUGCGGCACAUUUAACUCCAUCAGAAUUUCCUCAGCUUUUCGUACUGGGUACGGUACUGGGAUUUUCGUACGCUCAAACGCGAAAUCUUCUAACACCAAUCACCAUUCAUGCUUGUUGGAACUCUGGAGUUCUUUUGCUUCUCAUCUUCCUCCAGCUUCAAGGAUAUGAUAUCAAGGAAAUAAUACAAGCAUCUUGAUCCAAAGGGGUUGACUACAAGUUGACCUUCAUUUGUUGCUUAGUUUCCAUUUUAUCUGUUAGUUCUUCAUUGAUGAAUGAGGUGGGAAGCUCUUCUACCAUGUCUUGAGAAUGAUCAAAUAAUGAGCAAUGCAAGAUCUUUCAAAGAAAAUCUUCAAAUCCAA